AUGCAAAGCGACCAACACCACUUGCACCCUUUUCCCAAUCCUCCUCCAUUCACAUCAUUCUUUGGUCAAAACCUUGACUUUGGUCAAACCGUUGACUUUGGUCAAAAUGUUGACUUUCAACCCUCGAAAAUCUGCCCGAGAAAUUUCAUUAUCUUUGACCGGACCGAUAACCGUAGUCAGAUAAUGUACCACCCGUCGGUUCCCGUUCCCGCCCCGGGUUAUAUCCAUGUAACACGAAAUGACGAAAAUACCCCUAGAGAAGUUGAAUCCAUUAUGAAAGAAGAUUCAGCGGAUAUUGAUAUAUUAAUGAGUUUUGAAGAUGAAGAAGACGAAGGGGAAGAAGGGUAUGAAGAGGAGGAAGAAGUUAGCACUGCCCGAACGCAUGGAAAUGACGAAAUUGACACUGCGGAUUCUUGCUCUUCGAGGCUGCCCGGAAAGGGCUCGGGCAGGGGCAGUGGCAGUGGCAGCGGGCUUGGUUUAUCGAUGGCUUCGUGUAAAUCGAGUGGUGUUAGCGACAGAAAGCGUCGCGAAAUGAAGAAGAUGGUGGAUUCAUUGAGAGAAUGUAAGCGUCGCGAAUAUGAAAAGUUGAAGCGGAUUAAGGCGUUGCAAAUAAGUUGA